GUGCUGCCCUGGGCGGGGAGCAGGUCCCCGGAGAGCCCGGGGGGGUGUGUCUCUCUCGGUGGGGUUGCUCCCUGCGCUCGCUUCCUGAGCCUCCAACGUCCUGCUGCCCUGUGUGCGCCCCGAGCUGCGACCCCUUUCCCUUGGCGAGCCCCACGCGGGUUUUCAUCCCUUGUCGCCUGGCCAUGUGCCCGUGCGGGGCUCAGUGGGAGCCCAUUUCCCAGACAAACCCUCGGCAGUUUUUCUGGGUUGCGCUUCAAGACGCGCUCAAGUUAAACCAGGCUUUCGUUUGGAUGUAAGCAUUCCCCUGUAGCGUGUGAACUAAGUGCGUGAGCCCGGAAGAGAAACUGCCUCGUGAAUCGCUACUAAAUGAAGCGAAACAGAGGGGAAAGGAAAAGUGGGAAGAAUGAAAGAAAGGAGGGAUGAAAGAAUGUUGAACUAUUCUGUAUGGCUGUAUGAUGGAAGGAAACAGAACGGAGAAUCUCUGCAGUAGAUCAUUUGGAUGGGUUCAACGACAAGAUAACGAUGCUAAACCAUGGCUCUGGAAAUUCUCUAAUUGCUUUUCUACCACUGAACAGACUUCGCCUUUCAGUGCAAAACCGAAAGAUUACAUGGAGAACAAGAAAGCUGUUGUGGAAUUGAAGGAUGCUUCAUCUCCUCUUCAUGCUGGCUCUAAACUCUUUCCAGCAGUACCACUUCCUGAUGUUCAUUCUCUUCAGCAACAGCAAAUACAGCUUUCACCUAGCCCCAAAGUAAGCUGCUGUGCUCAUGGAUCUGACUCCUCUUGUACUCAUAAGAUGCAUUUUGGUGGUGGUGCUGGUGGUGGUAGCUUGAUUCAUCCUGGCACAAUAUUAGACUCUCAAAGCACUGGGACAAUUACUUGUCAAGUAGGGUCGGGGUUUGCUUAUCAGUCUGCAUCUUCACUCAAGAAUGCUCCAGCUAGAAGCAAUUUGGCAGGCAUUGCAAGUGACUUCCCCAGCAUGUGCAUAGAAAAUAACGUAUCUUCCUGUCAACAUCUGCCAUGUUGUGGAAAACUCCAUUUCCAGUCCUGUCAUGGUAAUGUGCACAAACUGCAUCAAUUUCCAGCCCUUCAGAGCUGCACAUCUUCUGGCUAUUUUCCCUGUUCCGAAUUUACAAGUGGGGCUACAGGGCACUUGGAGGAGCAUAUUACACAGUCGGAGCUAACAUCACGUGUAUGCACCAACUCUUUGCACCUAAAUGUGGCACCUUCGGUCUGUUUAAAGGGCUCUCACUACUGUAAUGAAUGUUUAAGCAAGCCAACCAGAAAUAGCUUAAUUGAUGCUGCUAAAAUCUGGCCAAAUAUUCCCCCUCCCAGUACGCAGACUGCACCCAUAUCUAUCCCAAUGUGUAAUGGCUGCGGAACCAAAGGAACAGGAAAAGAGACAAGUUUAUUACUGGCAAGUAGCCUGGGCAAAUCACCACAAAAAUAUGGGUCUCCAGAAGUUGCAAUAACAGGCCAGGUGCUGGAGAACUUGCCCCCCAUUGGAGUCUUUUGGGAUAUUGAAAACUGUUCUGUUCCGACUGGCCGUUCAGCUAUCGCAGUUGUACAACGAAUUCGUGAAAAGUUUUUUAAAGGUCACAGGGAGGCAGAAUUCAUCUGUGUAUGUGACAUUAGUAAAGAAAAUAAAGAAGUUAUUCAGGAGCUGAACAACUGCCAGGUGACUGUUGCACACAUCAAUGCUACAGCAAAGAAUGCAGCUGAUGACAAGCUCAGACAGAGUCUUAGGAGGUUUGCUGAUACACACACUGCACCUGCUACUGUGGUCCUUGUAUCAACUGAUGUAAACUUUGCUUUGGAACUCAGUGACCUGAGACACCGGCAUGGUUUCCAGAUCAUCUUGGUACAUAAGAACCAAGCUUCUGAAGCACUCUUACAUCAUGCUCACGAGCUUAUCAGGUUUGAAGAAUUUAUUUCAGACUUGCCACCAAGGUUACCAUUGAAAAUGCCAUCAUGCCAUACACUGUUAUAUGUUUACAACCUGCCAACAAACAGAGACAGCAAAAGUGUCAGCAACAGACUCAGGCGUUUGUCAGAUAACUGUGGAGGAAAGGUGUUGAGCAUUUCUGGCAGCAGUGCAAUUCUCCGCUUUUCAAAUCAAGAAAGUGCUGAACGUGCUCAUAAGCGAAUGGAAAAUGAAGAUGUGUUUGGCAACAGGAUUAUUGUGUCUUUUACCCCCAAAAACAAGGAACUCAAUGAAACAAAAAAUUCAAACUGUGUUGGAGCUGAAAAGGUGAAGUCUCCAAAAAAAGUGAACAAGAACCCAAAACUGUGCCUCCUCAGCAAAGAUUCAAAUGAUCAGUCUUCCAAUGCCAAAACCACUGCGGGAAAGGGAUUGCAGACACAUGGAUCUGCUGCAAAACCCACAAAUGUUAAAAGUUUACAGGAGCUGUGCCGCCUUGAAUCAAAGACCAUCAGAAAAAUUGAAAACCAGCAAGACCAGUUAAGAGAGGAAACUCUUUCUCCACAAAACUCUAAUGCAGCAAAUCUUGUGUGCUUGGCAACCAAAAACACAGGAAUAGGAGAAUUGUCCUAUAAAUGCAGUCAGAAAAAAGACACCCCCGCUUCUAGAAGCAUUACCAACUCUCCUAUAGAGAAAAAAGAUAAAGAUGCAGUUGUAUUCCAGGUCAGCUACCCAUCUGCUUUCAGUAAAUUGACAGCAUCACGACAGCUCAGUCCUCUGCUCAUGUCUCAGAGCUGUUGGUCAUCCCGGAGUAUGUCUCCAAACCUCUCAAACAGAUCAUCUCCACUUGCCUUCAAUAUUGUAAAUCACACCAGUGGUACAGACUGUCUUGAUCCUUUUGCAAAUGGUGCAGAUAUUCAGAUCAGCAAUAUAGACUACAGAUUGUCCAGAAAGGAACUGCAGCAAAUUCUGCAAGAAAUCUUCUCUAGAUAUGGCAAGGUAAAGAGUGUGGAGCUCAGUCCUCAUACAGAUUAUCAGUUGAAGGCUAUAAUUCAAAUGGAAAAUCUACAAGAAGCAAUCAGUGCUGUCAACAACCUUCACAGAUACAAAAUUGGCAGCAAAAGGAUCCAGGUCUCCCUAGCUACAGGAGCUGCUAAUAAAUCUCUAUCUCAGCUUAGCUCAGAAACAAUGUCCAUUCUUCAGGAUGCUCCUGCUUGUUGUCUGCCUAUAUUCAAGUUAACAGAAAUAUAUGAAAAAAAAUUUGGACACAAGUUAAUAGCAUCAGAUCUGUAUAAAUUAACUGAUACUGUGGCAAUCCGUGACCAAGGAAAUGGACGUUUGGUGUGUCUCUUACCCAGCAGCCAAGCCCGGCAGAGUCCUUUAGGAUCUUCACAGUCUCAUGAUGGCUCAUCAGCAAAUUGCAGUCCUAUAAUAUUUGAAGAACUGGAAUAUCAUGAGCCCAUUUGUAAGCAGCAUUGUCUGAAUAAAGACUUUAGUGAACAUGAAUUUGAUCCAGACUCCUACAAAAUUCCUUUUGUGAUUUUGUCUUUGAAGACAUUUGCACCACAAGUGCACAGUCUGCUGCAGACCCAUGAGGGCACUGUGCCUUUACUAAGCUUUCCUGAUUGUUAUACGUCAGAGUUCAGUGAUCUAGAAAUGGUGCAGGAAGGCCAGGGAGGUGUUCCCUUGGAGCAUCUUAUCACCUGUGUUCCUGGAGUUAAUAUUGCCACUGCCCAAAACAGCAUUAAAGUUGUUAAGUGGAUACACAACAAACCACCCCCCCCAACUACAGAUCCUUGGCUUUUACGUUCGAAGAGCCCUGUAGGUAACCCACAGCUUAUUCAGUUCAGUAGAGAAGUGAUAGAUCUACUUAAAAGCCAACCAUCUUGUAUCAUACCUGUCAGUAAAUUCAUCCCAACUUAUCAUCAUCACUUUGCAAAGCAGUGUCGUGUGUCUGACUAUGGGUAUUCCAAGUUAAUGGAGUUACUAGAAGCAGUGCCACAUGUAUUACAAAUUCUUGGCAUGGGCUCUAAACGCUUGUUAACCCUAACAUACAGGGCCCAAGUAAAACGUUUCACUCAAGACUUAUUGAAACUUCUCAAAUCCCAGGCCAGUAAACAAGUUAUUGUGAGAGAAUUCUUACAGGCUUAUCACUGGUGUUUCUCUAAAGAUUGGGAUGUUACUGAAUAUGGAGUGUGUGAGUUGGCAGAUAUAAUAUCAGAAAUUCCAGAUACAACAAUCUGUUUGUCUCAGCAAGACAAUGAAAUGGUAAUUUGUAUCCCCAAAAGAGAACGUACCCAGGAAGAAAUUGAAAGAACAAAGCAAUUCUCUAAGGAGGUAGUUGACUUGCUGCGUCAUCAACCCCAUUUCCGAAUGCCCUUUAAUAAAUUUAUUCCUUCUUACCACCACCACUUUGGCCGUCAAUGCAAACUUGCUUAUUAUGGGUUUACCAAACUACUUGAACUUUUUGAAGCCAUACCAGAUGUCUUGCAAGUAUUAGAAUGCGGAGAGGAAAAAAUUCUGACUCUGACAGAGGUGGAACGGGUCAAAGCUCUAGCAGCCCAGUUAGUUAAACUGCUGCGAUCUCAGAAAGACAACUGCCUUAUGAUGACUGAUUUACUUACAGAAUACAGUAAAACGUUUGGUUACACAUUGCGCCUUCAUGACUACGAUGUCAGCUCAGUUCUAGCUUUAAUGCAAAAACUUUGCCACGUUGUGAAGGUUGCUGACACAGAAUCUGGUAAACAGAUUCAGCUGAUAAAUAGAAAGUCUCUACGUACUCUGACUGCACAACUACUGGUAUUGAUGAUGUCUUGGGAUGAAACCACCUUUCUUUCCGUUGACGAGCUUAAAAGGCAUUAUGAAAGUAUCCACAGUGCUCCCCUUAAUCCAUGUGAAUAUGGAUUUAUGACCUUAACUGAACUCCUGAAGAGUCUGCCUUACUUGGUUGAGGUUUUUACCAAUGAUGUGGCAGAAGAAUAUGUGAAACUUACAAAUCUGUAUUUGUUCGCAAAGAAUGUGAGGUCCUUGCUUCACACGUACCACUACCAGCAGAUCUUCCUUCACGAGUUCCCAACAGCAUAUAGCAAAUAUACAGGAGAAGUGUUGCAGCCCAAAAUAUAUGGAUAUAAUAGUCUAGAAGAGCUCUUGGGAGCAAUUCCACAGGUGGUCUGGAUCAAAGGACAUGGGCAUAAGAGAAUUGUAGUACUAAAGAAUGACAUGAAAACUCGUUUUAGCUCACCCAGUUUUUCCCCUGCUGAUCAUGUGGAUGAUCAUGGAAAUCAACUUACUGACAGUAAUGGACACAUGGAGAGUCUAGGAUCCACUACAUUAAUGGAAUUAAAACUAGGAACACCUAGUGAUGUUUCUAAUCAAACUGAACAAGAACUCCUUUGCCUCACAAAUACAUCACCUGUUGACCUCUUGUGUGAACCAGUUCCUUCCUGCCUACCAUCCCCACAACUGAGACCUGAUCCAGUCAUUCUUGAGUCUGCAGACCUCAUUCAGUUUGAGGAUCGCACUCCACCUCUCUCUGAGAUGAUGAUUCUAACAGAAGAAGAAAAAAACAGAAUUGUUACCACAGUAGCAAAAGGAAACUUGAGCUGUGGCCCUGUGGUAUCUGGUGCCACAGAGAAUUCUUCAGUGCCUCCCUACCAAUCUUCUGAAACUCAACUAAGCAAGGAAGCAGUGGACAGCCCAGCCAAAAAGCAACACAAAAACAAAGUGAAAUUGGCAGCAAACUUUUCACUUGCACCUGUAACCAAGCUUUAAAUUUUCUUCUAGUGUGAAAGACAAAUACUGUUGGACUCUGCACAACAAUAUAGCUAUUUGGUAGCCCUUAUGUAUUUUAACGAGAAGGCCUAGAAGUCACUUAAUUUGUAUUUAGAUGUAUUCUGUGAAGAUUUUGUUCUUUUUACACUGAUCACAGCUGUCAGCAGGGCAAACUAUUUUUAUUAUUUUGAAAAAACUUCCAGUAUUCAUUAAAUUAUUCUUAACAAGU